AUGCUAUGCUGCAUUAUACUACAGCCUCGUCUCCUCACCUACUGGUGCUUGGAGAGGAGCUUCGCCAACGUAACUGUGGACGUGGGAGGAACAGCCAUCUAUUCCAGGAACAGGUACGUCUCCGGCUUCGCCAAACACUUCGGACUGCAACCGCAAGCGGGGGACGACGGCGUGAAUUCGGACAUCGGCAUCUGGGAUGGCAGCAAGUUUCGCGUCCAGGUUGACUCGGACAGCCGCCUGGACAUGGGUGCCAACGUUCUAUUCCGAUAUGGGUUCUCCCCUCUUCGCGUGAUUCCUGCGGUUCGCAAUGCUGUGGAUGGUUUCGACAAAAUCUACGACCUGCAAGAGGGGCAGAAGAGCUUCGAGACCCGGGCAGCGCUACUGGACGCCCUGGGCGUGUUCAACCUAACCCAGACGUCUGCUUAUGACUUCUUCAAGAGUCUUGGUGUAGAGGAGAAGUUCGUGAAGGAGAUGGUCGACGGAGCUUCCCGGUGCAACUACAACCAGCCAGGCAAGUCAGCGUUGCCCGGGACUGUUGUGCAUGUAGAGCUGCAUCAGCAACCGCAGCCGUUUGCCGAUUGUGGACAACCUCUGCCUGCUCAAGUUAGCCUCUUCAUGCGGGCAGCACCAGCUCCCCAACCUUUGUGCAUGCGUGCGCUAGCUGCUAGCAGGCUUGAUGUCGUCACAUGA